AUGUUUCUCUCACAAACACAUGAGCUGGUGGGAGAUUCCGUGUGUGGGAUAAUUCGAGCUGUAUUUGGAAGGCCUAUUGUUGGCACCCCACCCCACCACCACCACCACCUCCACCUAUAUAUACCCCUUUGGUUCACUCCCUUUUCUCAUCAAAAACUAUAACCCAUCUACCAAAAAAGCUACUAAUUGUCACUACUGAUAGUACUCUCUCUGUACUAUUUCUAUUCCAUCUGUUAUUGUUACAUAAUCAUGGAAUUCAUCUGCUUAUGUUUUUUCUUAAUUGCAGCCUUAAUUUUGUCCCUCAAUGCCAUCCUUAAAUUCUUCUCCUUUGGCCAAGUGAAAUUGCCACUCCCACCAGGCACCAUGGGAUGGCCUUACAUAGGAGAAACCUUUCAACUUUAUUCCCAAAACCCAAAUCUUUUCUUUGCUUCCAAAGUCAAAAAGUAUGGUUCUAUAUUCAAGACUCACAUAUUGGGGUGUCCUUGUGUGAUGAUUUCGAGCCCCGAAGCUGCAAAACUUGUGCUUGUCACCAAAUCAAAUCUCUUCAAGCCCACAUUCCCUGCAAGCAAAGAGAGAAUGAUAGGCAAACAGGCUAUUUUCUUUCAUCAGGGCGACUAUCACGCCAAACUCCGCAAGCUAGUUCUUAGCGCAUUCACGCCUGAAUCAAUCAAGAAUAUUGUACCAGAUAUCGAGUCCAUUGCAAUUAGCUCCCUCAGAUCAUGGGAUGGAAAAUUGAUCACUACUUUCCAAGAAAUGAAAACAUACACUUUCAAUGUGGCCUUACUGUCCAUAUUCGGGAAGGAUGAAGUUUUGUACAGAGAAGACCUUAAGGGAUGCUAUUACAAUCUCGAAAAAGGGUACAAUUCAAUGCCGAUUAACAUUCCGGGAACAUUGUUUUACAAAGCCAUGAAAGCCAGGAAGGAAUUGGCAGAAAUCUUGGCCAAAAUCAUGUCCCUUAGAAGGCAAACGAAACAAGAUUAUAACGAUUUGCUCGGAUCAUUUAUGUGCGAUCAUGAAGGACUAACCGAUGAACAAAUUGCCGAUAACAUCAUUGGCGUCAUUUUUGCAGCAAGAGAUACCACUGCCAGUGUACUGACAUGGAUUAUCAAGUACCUAGCAGAAAAUCCAAGCGUUCUACAAUCUGUCACCGAAGAACAGGAAGCAAUAAUUAAGUCUAAAGAGGAAUCUGGUGAAGAGAAGGUACUGUCUUGGGCAGAUACCAAGAAAAUGCCAAUUACUACAAGGAUGAUUCAAGAAACACUCAGAGUUGCAUCUAUUCUGUCCUUUACUUUCAGAGAAGCUGUUCAAGAUGUCGAAUUUAAUGGCUAUCUGAUACCGAAAGGAUGGAAAGUUUUACCACUCUUUAGAAACAUUCACCACAGCCCAGAAAAUUUCACAGACCCUGAGAAGUUUGACCCUUCAAGAUUUGAGGUUGCUCCAAAGCCCAAUACAUUUAUGCCAUUUGGCAAUGGGAUCCACUCCUGUCCAGGAAAUGAAUUAGCCAAGACUGAGAUGUUAGUCCUUGUGCAUCAUCUGACCACAAAUUACAGGUGGUCUAUGGUGGGCCCACAAAAUGAGAUUCAGUAUGCACCCUUCGCUAUUCCCCAGAAUGGUUUGCCCAUUAAACUCUCUCUCAAAAAGUAGAAAUUUGCAUUUACAAAAACAGGGCCAUUCUGACAUAGAGAAAGGGGAAGUUUCAAGAAAUUCUCCAGUGUUCUUGAUGAAGAAGAGAUCAUCAGCUCACAUGAAGAGGAGCACAACCGUAAAAAAGGAUACCCACAACAAAAAGAUUUUGGGUGUUAAACUGGCUCACGGAAGCCAUAUGCACGUAAACGGCACGUUUGAUACGCUAUAUCGAUAAUGAUUGAAUGGAAUAAUUGACUAUCCAUUACACACACGUGUUUCCAUAGCUAAAGUAUGAUAAUUAUUUGUUUUCCUUAUAAGAUUAGAAACUCAAGAACUAGAAAAUACAUAUAGUGUAAGAUACUAGGUUCAAUUCUUUUCUUUUCUUUUCUUUUCUUU